AUGGCGGAGAUACCUGCGGCUACUCUCCCACCUCAGGCCACGGCAAAGGUUUCGGACGUUGUCAAGUAUUAUCGUCCAUCAAAGGUAUUUCGAGGCAAUGCCAGGUCCGAGGGCCAGCAACUUAUUACUUCGGUCGAUUUCGAUGACCAAGGUGACUUUUUGGUGGCAGCGGGGGACGAUGAGAUGAUACAGCUUUUCGACGUGAAGGAAGGCAAGCCGACGAAAACCGUCCCUAGUAAAAAAUAUGGGGUCCAUUUAGCACGAUUCACUCAUCAUUCCCGCCAGAUACUGCAUGCUAGCACAAAGGUUGACGAUUCGUUGCGCCUUCUCGAUCUCCAUAAUGAAAGCUACCUUCGCUAUUUUACCGGCCACACGGACAAAGUAACUUGCCUCACGCUAUCCCCUGGUGCGGACGCGUUCUUGUCCUGUUCCAAGGAUGAUAGUAUUGCGCUGUGGGAUCUCAAUUCGAGAAACGCACAGGGAAGGCUAAAGCUGGCGACUCCAUACCUGGCCGCCUUUGACCCGUCAGGCACCGUCGUGGCCAUCGCAUCUCAGUCUACCUCGUCUGUCUUACUCUACGACUUUAGAAACUACGACAAACCACCGUUCGCGACGUUUGACAUGGCACCACACGAGGAUAGAUUUACCCCAACGACAAGAGGAAGAGCCUGGAAUAAGCUAGAGUUCUCAAAUGACGGCAAGCAUCUCCUAAUUGGCACAGAUUACCAUGGGCAUUUCAUUUUGGAUGCUUUUGAAGGACACGUCAAGGCAUUCUUGGUUGGAAAAUCAGGCGUGACAGGACGAGCAGCCCCGGUAUCUAGUACCGGAAAGCCACUUGGUCAGGGAGACGUCUGUUUCACACCAGACGGACGCUAUGUGAUUGGAGGAGCUGGUGAACAGUCUGACGCUCUCGUGUGGGACGUACACCAGGCUCCUGAUUCGAGUCGACUCCUCCAGCCAAUGGUUCGUCUGCCGCAUCGUGGCAAGGUCGCCAUUGUACAGACUAACCCAAGAUACAACAUGUUUGCCAGCGCUGAUAAAGAAAUUGUCUUUUGGUUGCCUGACGACAGCGCAAAGCAGCCUGAAAAAUGA